UAGAAGAGGCCUGGGUCGAAGACACGGACCAGGUCCUGAAAACGAGGCGUCGGCGGCGGCACUCGACCGACGGCGCGGACUGCUUCGUCGUCGACCCGAACGCCAGCAGCCCCGGACUCGCGGUGCGCUGGACGCCGUGCAACGGCACCUUUGGCGUCGUGUGCGCUGCCGACAUGGGACAGUUUCAGAAGGCCUGCGGUGACCCCGGCCCCCUCGAAAACGGCACGGCCGAGCUGAGGAACGCCGUGGUUCCGGGGAGGCUUCUGGAAGGCACGCAAAUCACGUACCGCUGCUCCGAGCUUCACUCCCUCAGCGGACCAAGCAAGGUCACGUGCCUGAGCAACGGCACCUGGACAGCACCCAAGCCGCGCUGUGUCAGAGUUACCACGUGCAUGGAACCUCCCGUACCGCCUUAUGGAGAAGUGGUUUACUCUCAGGAGCUCGGCCCUGGUUUCAAGAUCGGUCGUCAGACACUGAGGCUGCCCCUGCGCACGACCCAGGCCCCGGUGGAAGUGAGCCUUCCCCGGGGUCACUUCCGGGUCGGGACGCGGGCCACCUUUACCUGCGUGAGCCGCUUCUACACCCUGGUGGGCUCCGAGGUGCGCAGAUGCCUGCCGGACGGGACCUGGAGCGGCAGGACGGCCACCUGCAUUCCGGUGUGCGGCCGCUCGGACUCCCCACGGUCCCCGUUCAUCGUGCACGGCAACUUGAGCGAGAUCGGUCAGUGGCCCUGGCAGGCGGCGCUGUCGCUCUGGUCCCCCGCCGAAAACGCCUGGGACCUUAGCUGCGGCGGCAGCCUGCUCUCCGAGAGCUGGGUCGUGACAGCCGCCCACUGCGUGGCUCGGGACCGCAAGGGGAACCUGCUGAACACCCGUAGCCUGCGCAUCGACCUGGGCAAGUACUACCGGGACGACUCCAGGGACGACGCCAUGGUGCAGACGCGCUCGGCGCAGGAGAUCCACGUGCACGAGGACUUCGAUCCGGUGCGGUUCGACUCGGACAUCGCGCUGGUGCUCCUCGACCGCCCCGUGGAGCUGACCAGUCGCGUGCAGCCCGUCUGCCUGCCCACGGAGCGUAGCACCCAGACCAACAUCGUGGACGGUCACCUGGGCAUCGUGACCGGCUGGGGCCAGACGGAGAACCGGAGCUACGCGGACGCGCUCCGCGAGGCGGUGGUGCCGGUCGUGUCGGCCAAGGAAUGCGAGCGGGCGUACAAGGAGGGCCGCUUCCCGCUCACCGUGACGAGCAACAUGCUGUGCGCGGGCUACGAGCGCGGAAAGAUCGACGCCUGCACGGGUGACAGCGGAGGACCCCUGGUGUUCCUCGACGAGGACGUGGCCGACCGCCGGGUCUGGGUGCUCGAGGGCAUCGUCAGCUGGGGCGGGCCCCGGGGCUGCGGGGCCCCCAACCACUUCGGCGGGUACACCAAGGUCCAGGCCUUCCUCGACUGGAUACGGGAGCUCCUCUAGCCGCUCGGUGUAACUUGGUCGCACGGACGGGGCAGAUGGCGUUGGUUGUAUCUGAAGAUGUUCAGGCGACCAUUGGAGCGAUGGUUGUCUUCUAACCGACUCUGGCCAGUUGAUGGCACUUAAGUGGAAGGAAAGUUUGCUAUACCCGCAGGCAACAUUUUGUGGCUAUGCAGCCCAAGCUAUGGGCGCUCGCAUACCGAUCAAAGCUAUGCCCGCGCACUCUUCAUUACUUUUCAAUAGUCAGAGAAAGAAUUGUUCGCAAGGAUAAACAACAGACCGAUCUCACCAGCAAGUUUGGCUACGCCACCGCUGCCGCGAUGCAUCCAGGGAACUUUAGUCUUUCUGCACGUGCAACAACCUCGCUGGAGCUUUGAGCGGGCAGAGCAUGAGACUGCAUGAGCCGUGUCGUGCACUGCCGCCUGUCCCCUAUGAACUAAAGUUACGGCGGCGUCACGUAUGCGCCAAUGCUUGGUGAGAUCGGUCUAUUGCAAGCAUGGCGCCUCACUGGUGUCCUAUGCGUGCAUGCAUGUGCAGCGUGCGCAUGAACUUAUCUUCGGCAAGCUUGACAUUACACGUACUUGCCCGCACGAGCAGAGACAUGGCGGCGGCCAGAAUCCCUGCUUGUAUUCGCCUAUGCAAUCGGGUGUGCACUCGACGGGUUCUGUAGUGCUAUUUUUUUGUUUUGGUUGGCUCUUGAACAACAUCAGUGCCAAAGUUGGGCAAUACCACGCCCUUGGCAACCUUGUCUUUUUUGCCUGUGAUGGAAGUAUGGCGCAAACGAAAGGUUGCUAACGACAUCUAAAAUGACCGCAAGUGGAGUUUUUUUAAUUCGUUCGAAUCGUUCGACUAUACUCAAGCUCCUUCAAUAACGUCAGUGCCGAACCUACCGUGUGACUCUGUUUCUGCGAAUAAACUCUCAUUUUUGUUGAUUUUAUAA